CAUUACAAGUCAAUAUUAGAAUCUGUGUGUGAGUCAGGGGUGUGUUAGUCAUCUCUGUGCUAAUUGAAACAUGUCUCCAGGUGAAUCCUCUACCAGACACAGUGGUUCAUAUUCAGCACUCAAACCGCGCUCUCCUGCUCUCUCUGCCUUCUCUCCCAUUAAUCACAGCCUUAUAAGACUCAGUCAGUUCCGCUCUGCUACCCACUCCCUCAUUCCUUCCUGUGUCUUUAUCAUAUUUAAUCACCUGCAGUCAGUGGUCACACAGAUCGCAGCUCUGUCACGAUUGGCUACGCUGAGGAGUGGGCGGUGCCUGCUCUGAUGCAUCACACACAUGUACCAGCACAGCAGGACAGAUCCUCUCACUCUCCCUCCCCCCCUCUCUCUACCUCUCACCCUGCCUUUCACACAUACACCAGAACACAGACUGCAGCAGAACGCAGGCCAGUAAGAUUUUUCCUUCUCAUACUGGAACAGCCGAGAAACCAGAGAGACAGUUACUCCCCUGAAGAGGAGAGACAUUUUCAUUGGAGGAUCCGCUGAGGAGUGCUGAGGCACAAGCUAUUGAGUGUGUAGGUUUGCAUCUGAAGCAGUUGUGGGGACUUGUGCACGCACCCAUCCCUCCUUCGGGACAAGCCCACUCCCUUCCUACCUGCCUCUCAUCUUCAUUUAAAGAUAGGAUGCCUGGCUCUGCGCCCCUGUGCUAAGCAGGCGUUGGCAGGCAGCAGUAUGGGCACUGUGCUGGCCGGCAUCCCCACCACCCCCUCCACCACUGAUCUGCCACCACCACGCUGCCCCACCGAGACGGGCGCUCCCCCCAGCCCUGCUGAUGGGCGAAGACACUGACGCCACCCCGACGCUUAACCACCACGGCUUCCUCCCCGACCACAACUAUGUGACUGAAGCCGAUAUCAUCUCCACUGUUGAGUUUAACCACACAGGAGAGCUCCUGGCCACAGGGGACAAGGGGGGCCGAGUGGUCAUCUUUCAGAGGGAACCUGAGAGCAAAACUGAGCCAUUCUCUCAGGGAGAGUACAAUGUCUACAGCACCUUCCAGAGCCAUGAGCCGGAGUUCGACUAUCUUAAGAGUCUGGAGAUUGAGGAGAAGAUCAAUAAGAUCCGAUGGCUGCCUCAGCAGAAUGCUGCACAGUUCCUCCUCUCCACCAAUGAUAAGACCAUUAAGUUGUGGAAGGUGAGUGAGAGAGACAAACGGCCAGAGGGAUACAAUCUGAAAGAUGAGGAGGGUCGCAUCAAGGACAUCUGCACCGUCACCUCCCUACAGGUGCCAGUGUUGAAGCCGAUGGACCUGAUGGUGGAGGUGAGCCCCCGGCGAGUCUUUGCCAACGCCCACACCUAUCACGUCAACUCCAUCUCCGUCAACUCAGACUAUGAGACCUAUAUGUCAGCUGAUGACCUGAGGAUCAACCUCUGGCACCUGGACAUCACCGACCGCAGCUUCAACAUCGUGGACAUCAAACCAGCCAACAUGGAGGAUCUGACAGAGGUGAUCACAGCGGCUGAAUUUCACCCCCACCACUGUAACUUGUUUGUCUAUAGCAGCAGUAAAGGCACUCUACGCCUCUGUGACAUGAGAGAAGCAGCGCUGUGUGACAAACACUCCAAAUUCUUCUCUGAGAUAAUCUCCUCAGUGUCAGAUGUCAAGUUCAGCCACAGUGGCCGCUACCUGCUCACCAGAGACUAUCUGACUGCCAAAGUCUGGGACCUCAACAUGGAGAGCAAGCCCCUGGAGACAUACCAGGUUCAUGAUUACCUCCGCAGCAAGUUGUGUUCACUUUACGAAAACGACUGCAUCUUUGACAAGUUUGAGUGUGCCUGGAAUGGCUCGGACAGUGUGAUCAUGACUGGAGCCUACAACAACUUUUUCCGCAUGUUUGACCGCAACACCAAGCGCGACGUGACCCUGGAGGCAUCGAGAGAGAGCAGCAAACCCCGAGCUGUCCUGAAGCCGCGGAGGGUCUGUGCCGCUGGAGGAAAGCGGCGGAAAGACGACAUCAGCGUGGACAGCCUGGAUUUCACCAAGAAGAUCCUGCAUACAGCCUGGCACCCGACUGAGAACAUCAUCGCUAUCGCUGCCACCAACAAUCUGUACAUUUUCCAGGACAAGCUCAAUUCUGAGAUGCAUUAAUGAACGGAUGUCAGCGGCAGACACUGAGUUUACACCUGAACACACAACUAUGCCAGAAUGUACACAUUUACAGACACCCACACACAAGGCUAACACCCAUUCACACACAUGAUCGAAAAAUGUACACAUUUAGGUCUUCUUUGACAUGCUCCUUCACCUCCUCCCCAGCCUCCUAGUACUGAAAGGACCUAGAAGGGGCUAGAAAAGGGAACAGGCUGGAUUACACAGUGAAUUACAGUUGCCUGAAUUGUGGAUUUCUUGAUCAUUGAGUUGUGGUUGAUGGUGUCCUGAUUGCUACAGCUCAGCUUCUGAGGGGCAUCACCCCCCUCCCAGACUGGAAGGAUGUUUACAUCUGUCUUUUUUUUUUAUUCACCCUCUUUUUCUUUCUCCUCCAUCUCCUCCUCUUCUGUGUGUGCCCAAGCAAAGCCUAUUCUUAUCCCUUGCCCACUGUUUUGUGUAACAAAAGUCCUUGGUUGUUUACUAGCAGCAAUGAGUAAAAAAAAAAAACGGGGUAUUAAUGUAACGCCCUCUUUAAUUUCAGGUCAGAUAACCCACAUCUGUUGUAACUUAUUAAAUUAUCUUAAUGAUGGUAAUUAUGAUGACAGUUUUAAAGUGAUGCAAAGAUGAACUCCGAACCCUUCCCUUAACCCAAGUGCACCCAGACACCUCUGAGUUCAGUGAGGUAAAACAUUUACAGUCCUGCAGAUAGAGCAGAAGUCAAAAGAUUUACGCCACAGUCUAAUAUGACUGAGGGCGCACAUUCAUAUCUGUCCCAUGCAGUAUGUUUCAGUCAUUAAUAUGUUCUCUGCUGAAACAGGCCCUUAACCUUUGAAUGUGGAUUCUGCUUCUGGUCUGGGGCUGUGCUGUGUGCUACCUUGCCGUUAAAUAAAACUCAAUAAUAGUAAUAAACAUUAAAAAAAUAAUUU